GAAGCGCAGGAGGUUCUGAACGAGGUGAUGCGCGUGCUCAAGCAGAAGCAAGACCUCCUGGCGGACGUGGAGAAGCAGAUAAAAUCCCUGCAGGCCAUAUUCGACAAAAGUCUGGCCGAGAAGAAGAGCCUGGAGAGGAACAUGGCCGUCACGGCCGCCAGGUUGAAGCGGUCGUCCAAGCUCACGACUGCGCUGUCGGACGAGCAGGUUCGAAGCGUUCUCAGUUGUUGGGUUUUAAAUAGUUUUUCUUUGUAGUGCUUUGUGUGCCUUUUUUAAUGUGUGUAGUGCUGGUGUGUUGUUUUUAAUUAGUGUUUUUAUAAUGUGUUUGUAAUGCAUUUGUUGUGUAUGCAUUGUGUGUAAUGUGCUUGAAAUGCGUGUGUAAUGUGAGUGUAUUUUAUAUGCAAGGCGUGAGAAAUGUCUAUGUAAUUAGUAUGUAAUGUUAUGAAAUGUGUAUGUAAUGUUAUAUAAUUAGUAUGUAAUGUUAUGUAAUUAGUAUGUAAUGCUAUGUAAUUAGUCUGUAAUUUUAUGUAAUUAGUAUGUAAUGUUAUGUCAUGAUUGCGAACGCGCGUGCAUAUUAUAAUGUAAUGAGCUUGUUCUACGGGUGUCAUGUUCAUGAAAUGCGCGUGUAGUGUAUACAAGAUGUUAUUAGUGUGUGUGUGUGUGUGUGUGUGUGUGUGUGCGAGCGCGCGCGCGCGUGUGUGUGUGUGUGUAAUACGUUUCUGUUGCGUGUUUAAUGUGUCAGGUGUUGUUUGAUGUGUUUCGGCAUCGUCAUGGCUGGACACAUAUUCUGGAAAUUUGAGGAAUAGCUAUGUUGCGUUAAUACUUUUUUUUUCAGCUUUAGCUUCCUGUCUGCGUAUCUGUUAUGUAUAACAAAACAAAAAAAAAAAUUUUUUUUUUUUUAAAAAGUAAUAACAUGCUGGCUACUCGCCCCCUUGACAGAUCCGUUGGGAGGAGAGCGUGGCCAACUUUGACCUCCAGCUGAACAACGUCGUGGGUGACGUGUUCAUAUCCGCGGCAUGCGUGGCUUACUACGGCGCCUUCACGUCCACCUACAGACAGAUGCUGGUC